AUGCCUGGACAAGACGCGGUGGCGGUCCAAUUACCGCCACCAGAGACAGAAGAACCUUCGGCACCGUCAUCACAGCCAAUUGUUGGCAUCAUCUAUCCUCCACCGGAGGUUAGAAAUAUUGUCGACAAAACUGCGAGCUUCGUAGCGAGGAACGGCCCGGAGUUUGAAUCCAGAAUUCGUCAAAACGAAUUAGGCAAUGCUAAGUUCAAUUUUUUAAACUUCGGUGACCCGUAUCAUGCAUACUAUCAAUUCAAAGUUAAGGAGUUCAAAGAAGGCAAAGCCCAGGAGCCUGUUGGUGGUACUGCUCCAAGGGGUGUUACUCUUGGUACACACCAGAAGCAGCAAGAGAUUCUCAAAGACAUUGUUAAGUUAACAGCUCAAUUCGUAGCAAGAAAUGGGCGUCAAUUCUUAACAAACUUGAUGAAUCGUGAACAGCGUAAUUUUCAAUUUGACUUUUUACGUCCUCAGCACUCUUUAUUCCAGUACUUUACAAAAUUAUUGGAACAGUAUACAAAAGUUUUGAUUCCACCAAAGGAUUUGUUACCCCGAUUGAGAGAUGAGUCCUAUAAUAUGGAGAAAAUAUUGGAAGAUGUUAAGUACCGAUCUGAGUGGUUAAAAUACCAAGAAGCUCAGCGCCGUAAAGAGGAAGAAGAGAUGGAGCGUGAACGAGUCGCUUACGCCCAAAUUGAUUGGCACGAUUUCGUAGUCGUUGAAACUGUUGAUUAUCAGCAGUUUGAAGUUGGUAAUUUCCCGGCUCCAACGACUCCAGAUGAAGUGGGUGCUCGUGUUCUGAUGCAGGAACGUAUUGAAGAAGGAGAAGACGUUGAAAUGCAAAUAGAGAGCGACGGCGAUGAUGAAAUGCCGAACCGCAGUGACAUGGACAAAGAAAGAACAGCCAAGGACAAUAACCAAGUCCAAGAUAUGGAAGAAGACUCGAGUGACGACGAGAUUAGUACCAUGGAAAUGUUGUCGCUUGAUUCACAAAAGGCACGAGAUGCUCGAGCUAACCGAGAUUCUAUGCAACCACCUCCGUUACCACCCACACCAGGCAACGUGGUCGUUAGGAAAGGAUACGAUCCAAAACAACACAGUAUUAAAGCAGCUAAGCCAGCUUCUAAUGAAGAGUAUCUCAUUUCUCCGCUUACUGGUGAACGUAUUCCUCCUAACAAGGUCCAAGAGCACGUAAGAAUUGGUCUGUUGGAUCCACGCUGGGUUGAGCAGCGCGACAAGCACAUUGAUAAAGUUGCUCAAGAGACUGUAUUUGCACCUGGUACUGCUAUUGAAGCGAGUUUGAAACAACUUGCUGAGCGUCGUACUGAUAUUUUCGGUGUUGGAGAUGAAGAGACAGCUAUUGGUAAGAAGAUUGGCGAAGAAGACAAAAAGAAAGACGAUAAAGUUACUUGGGAUGGUCAUACAUCGAGUGUCGAAGCUGCUACUCGAGCUGCAAGAGCCAAUAUUACUCUUGAGGAACAAAUUCACCAGAUCCACAAAGUCAAGGGAUUACUUCCGGACGAGGAGAAAGAAAAGAUUGGACCAAAGCCAGUCGUAAGUCGUGCAAACGAAUUGACACACAUGGCAGCAGUUGCUGCUAAACCACAAGCUACUCUGAAAGCUCCGCCGAAACCACCAGCACCCAAACCAAUGCCGGUACAAGCUCAACCUCCGCCACCGCCUCCACAGAUCGCUAUGCCACCGACGAUGGCUAUGCCUCAGCCACCAAUGAUUCCUCAACCGCCGAUGAUGAUGAUGGCUCCUAUGCCUCCAAUCAGACCUCCACCACUCAUGACUCCGGCUAUUUCUCCAUUCAUGCCAGCUCCUCCGGCUAUGCAGCCACCGCUGCCCGCUCCGAUGACUAUGAAGCAUCCGAGUGAAAUGCCCUUAGAAGAAGAGCCACCGACUAAAAAACUUCGUACGGAAGACUCGCUUAUCAACGAACAACAAUUCUUGGCACGCAACAAAGGACCUGUUCAACUGAAUAUCGCUGUGCCUUCAAUGACCGAAAAGACCGAGUGGAAACUCCAUGGACAAACUGUGACUAUUACUUUGCAGCCUAAUGAAACUAUUGCUACUGUUAAGGCUAGGAUUCAUGAACAAACUGGAAUGCCUCCUGGCAAACAAAAAUUACAGUUUGAGGGUAUGUUCUUUAAGGACAGCAAUACACUCGCUUAUUACAACCUGGUCAGCGGUAACGUUGUCAAUCUAUUGCCGAAGGAGAGAGGAGGAAGAAAGAAGUAA